GCCGGGCAGGGCCGGGCACCCGCCCUCGGGGCGGUGCGGGGCGGGCACGGCGGUGGCGGGGCCGGGCGAGGAGCAGGCAGAGCGGCCGCGGGAGCGGCGGCAGGCGGCGGGCCGGCCAUGGUGGGCCUCAAGGAGGAGCUGCUCAAGUCCAUCUGGCACGCCUUCACCGCCCUCGACCUCGACCGCAGCGGGAAGGUCUCCAAGUCCCAGCUCAAGGUCCUUUCUCACAACUUGUGUACAGUGUUAAAUGUUCCCCAUGAUCCGGUGGCCUUGGAAGAGCACUUCAGGGAUGAUGAUGAAGGACCAGUUUCCAAUCAGGGCUACAUGCCUUAUCUAAACAAAUUCAUCUUGGAGAAGGUUCAAGGAAACUUUGACAAAGUUGAAUUCAACAGGAUGUGCUGGACUCUCUGUGCUAAAAAGAACCUCUCUAAAAGUCCUUUGCUGAUUAGUGAUGAAGAUGCAUUUAAAGUGUGGGUUAUUUUUAACUUCUUAUCAGAAGACAAAUACCCUUUAAUCAUUGUACCUGAGGAGAUUGAGUAUUUACUUAAAAAACUCACGGAAGCAAUGGGAGCAGGCUGGCAGCAAGAGCAGUUUGACCAUUAUAAGGUUGCUCUCAACACCAGUCGAGAAGGUCUUUCUGCGUGGGAGCUGAUUGAUCUCGUCGGCAGUGGGCAGUUCAGUAAAGGGAUGGACAGACAGACAGUGUCCAUGGCAAUCAAUGAAGUCUUUAAUGAGCUCAUAUUAGAUGUACUCAAACAGGGCUAUAUGUUGAAAAAAGGUCAUAAAAGGAAAAACUGGACGGAACGAUGGUUUGUGCUAAAACCCAAUAUUAUUUCCUACUACGUCAGUGAAGAUUUAAAGGACAAGAAGGGAGACAUCAUACUGGAUGGCAACUGUUGUGUAGAGGCCUUGCCUGACAAAGAUGGAAAGAAAUGCCUUUUUGUCAUAAAAUGUCUUGACAAAAGCUUUGAGAUCAGUGCCUCUGAUAAAAAGAAGAAGCAGGAGUGGAUUCAAGCCAUACAGACCACUGUAAACCUGCUGAGAGCGGGGAGCCCGCCACCCCACAAAGAAGCACGCCAGAAACGGAAAGAAUUGCGGCAGAAGCUGUUAGCUGAGCACGAGGAGCUGGAGCGGCAGAUGAAAGAGCUGCAAACGGCCAACGAGAACAAGCAGAAGGAACUGGAGACCGUGCGAAAGCAACUGGAAGCAGCAGCUGCUCGUGCUGCUGAGGAAGAGAAGAAAAGACUUCAGACUCAAGUCGAGUUACAAGAUCGCUUCAGUUUGGAGCUGGAGAGAGAAAAAAUGGUAAGACAAAAAAUGGAAGAGCAGGUUGCUCAGAAAUCCUCCGAACUGGAACAGUAUUUACAGAGAGUACGUGAACUGGAAGAAAUGUAUAAGCAGCUACAGGACGCUCUGGAAGAUGAGAAACAGGCACGUCAGGAUGAAGAGACUGUAAGGAAACUUCAAGCCAGGUUACUGGAAGAGGAGUCAGCAAAGAGAGCUGAACUGGAAAAAUGGCACUUGCAGCAGCAACAGACCAUUCAGAUGACAGAAGCAGAGAAGCAAGAGCUGGAAAACCAGAGAAUGAUAAAGGAACAGGCUCUUCAGGUUGCUAUGCAGCAACUGGAACAGCUUGAACUGGAAAGGAAGGAGGCACUUGAGCAAUAUGAGGAGGUUAAGAAAAAGUUGGAAACAGCAGCUAAUAAUACCAAGAGUUGGAAAGAUAAAGUAGCUCAUCAUGAGGGAUUGAUUCGACUAAUAGAGCCAGGCUCCAAGAACCCUCACUUAAUCACAAACUGGGGCCCAGCCGCCUUCACUGAAGCUGAACUCGAGCAAAGGCAAAAGAGCUGGAAAGGGAAAAAAGCCACUUCUGAGUAACAGCAGCAGCUGAUGUGACUCGAAGCCCACCUGUGUUCCUUCUGCUUUGCGCAGAACAGCGUCUUGCUUAUAAAGAGCUCAGUCUGCUCAGCACGUUGGGUCUUUCUACAGAGAAAAUACUGUUUACCACGUAGAAGUAUCUACUCCAAGCCCAGUAAUUACAGUAUGUGGUGUCUGACAGUACUUACUGUUUUCCCUCGUGUUUCCAGAAAUUCUGUUCUUUUAUACAAAACUUCUCAACUGAGGAUUUUUAUUUAAAUGUAGCUUGUGACAGAGUUGUUUCUAUACUAGCCUGUAACAAUCUGACAGCAUCUAACCGAUCGUGUAGCAUCACUUUCAUUCCAAAAUGUGACGGAAGCAGUUGUUUCAUUGGUUCAGUUCAUAUAACUUAAACCCAGGAUAAAUCCAUCCUGGAGGUUCUGAGCGGCUGUGAGAUGGAGCAUUACCUUUCCCUCCACUGAGUCUCCUUUUAUUUUUGCUCUGUCUGUUGCUCUUUGCACAGUACUUAGUGCUCAAAUAGAUUCUUCCUUAGUGAUGGGAGGCUGCAUCACUGGGUACCUGGUCAGAUUUUGUGUCCUGUUUUCCUCUGUUUGCAGGAAUUCAAGCAAAACAACUGGAAAGAUUAAUUCAUGUACAAAUGUACUAUGUGAAAAAAAACAAACAACUUUAGAGUUCUCUUCAUAGUUCAAAAGAGUUUUGACUUAAGGUUUGUGGAGCAGAGGAGUGGAUUGCAGGCCAGCAAUCAUCUGUGUCAAGGCCAUGUCUGUGCAAGAAAUCUGAUUAUAUAUACUGCUAGUUUAGAUGCAACACCUAUUCUUAAUUUGAGGCCAGAUUUAUGCAAGAGAAAAAAAUUGACCUUUUAAUUUUAGAUUAAAAUGAUAAAUGUGUAACAAUACUGCUUUAGAGAAAAUUAAUUCCUGUCAGUAAGAUAAUUUCAGCAUUUCUAGUAACAAGGCUUCCCAAAUAGCCCACUGCUCCGCCUCGAACUCUCCAGGGAUAAAGCCAGUUAUUUCUGUUCCAGUGGGGAAAAGGAACAAGUCUGUGAUCUUGCCUGGUAGCUCUGCCACAGCAGACAAGUCAGGCUCUUGCUAAAUACAACAGUAUUUUUCCUAAUUGUACAGACAUUUUGAGAACUAAGUGCCCCCACAAAGAGCAGGUGCGCGUUGGUGUGGUGUCAGUCAGCUGCGUAUGUACACAGAACGUGUACGACCGUCUCUUAGCACUGCUUUUGAGUUCAGCUAAAUGUUAAAAUAUUUUUAAUAAGAAGUGAAUUUUUCAGGCAGAUGACGAGUGCAUUUGUGUACAGCACCGUGAUACUUCAGUCUCAGCGAGCAGAAGCUGUUCAAAAGUGAUCUUCAGACUUGGAAGUGAAUAGCAUUUUAUUUGCCUAUUAACUAAGACUCACUCAAAUACUGAAUCUUCUCAGACAUUUCUUCUCCGGUUAUAUUUUUAUACUAAUUGAAAUCUUUAAUGUUUCAGUAAACUGAGUGCUCAUUAGAAUGGCAGGAAAAUCCAGGAUCUUCCUUUUUGUAUUUACUGUACAGGAAAGCAGUAGUUCCUUAAGCUUGCUAACAAGUAUUUUUUUAAAAUUGAUUAUGUUUACAGAAGAAAUGUGAAAAAAAAACUGUAAUAGAAAUACUAAUGUAUACAUUGUUAAACUUUGCGAAAGGAGAUGGAACAGUAUUUAUAACUAUCAAAUGUCUUUUAGGUGGAGAGCAGAAGGUAUAUUGGGGCUAAACUAGUUUAAUUUUUCUAACAGUCUUUAUUUUGGACACCUGUUUUUUAAGAACACCAAAUGAUGCAUGUUUUCAUAUUUUUUACUGUUCUCUAGACUUGGCUAUUUAAUAAAGUAAUGCAAAGUCAUUUACA